UGAAGCCCGAGGCCUGGCUGUCCAGUGGCUCCAGUCCCGGGCCUGGGCGUCUGCUGCUGGUGUGCCACGUCUCAGGAUUCUACCCAAAGUCCGUGUGGGUGAUGUGGAUGCGGGGUGAGCAGGAGCAACGAGGCACUCAGCGAGGGGAUGUCCUGCCCAAC